UUGAUAUCUUAACAGAACUAUUAGUAGUCUGGUUUUUUCAUUGUUAGGUAGCAUAAAUGUUAACCAGCUAUAUAUAUGUGUGUUUGAUCCCAGCUUCAGUAAUGUAUCAGACAAAGGAAAAAAAAGAUAUCCUUAGAAAUCAGCUGAUAUUUUCAUAGGCAUAAUAUUGUUAUGAUGUCUCAAAUGCCACUUUUAUCUCUUUCUUGUGUCCUAAUUUUUCAUUUAUUUACAGCAAUUGCAAAUGACAUGUCAUUAGAAACAUACAUUGUUCAUGUUGAUUUACCACACAGCCAAAUCUUAUAUGAUCAAUCCCAAGACUACUUAGAAACCUGGUACAUUUCUUUCUUGCCGACAACUUUAGCUUCGGAAACUGAUCAAACACCACGAAUGGUCUAUUCCUACCGCAAUGUGUUCUCCGGUUUCGCAGCCAAAUUAACACGCGACGAAGCGAAAGCAAUGCAUAAUAAAAAUGGGUUCAUAUCCGCGAGGCCACAAGAAAUAUUUCCAUUACACACAACACACUCACCUAAUUUCCUCGGGCUACACCAAGAUACAGGAUUUUGGAACAAUUCCAACUACGGCAGAGGUGUCAUUAUCGGCGUUUUGGACACCGGAAUAUUCCCCGACCAUCCUUCGUUCGGCGACGAGGGUCCUCCCCCUCCUGCGAAAUGGAAAGGGGUGUGUGAAUUCAACUUCACCGGCGCAUGCAACAACAAGCUCAUUAGAGCAAGGCAUUUCCGGAACGGCAACGGGACCCCCCUUGAUUCCAACGGCCACGGGACGCACACCGCCGGCACCGCUGCCGGCAACUUUGUUGGAGGCGCCAAUAUAUUCGGCAUGGCCAACGGCACUGCUGCCGGCAUAGCCCCCCUGGCCCACAUAGCCGCCUACAAAGUCUGCUCCUCCUCCGGCAGCUCAGAGAGCGACAUACUGGCGGCGAUGGACAUUGCCAUCGAGGAUGGUGUGGACGUGCUCUCCGUCUCACUAGGUGGGCCGUCUAGGCCGUUCCACAGCGACAACAUUGCCGUCGGCGCUUUCGCCGCGACGGAGCGCGGCAUCUUGGUGAGCAUCUCCGCAGGGAACAACGGGCCCGCCAGCGCCACACUGUCGAACGAGGCCCCUUGGAUGCUCACCGUCGGCGCCAGCACGACAGACCGGAAACUAACGGCCACAGCCGUGCUGGGAAAUGCACUAGAGCUCACCGGGGAAUCGGGUUUCCAGCCGAAGCAUUUUCCCGCGAAGCAGCUUCCUCUAGUUUUCCCUGGAUCGAAUACGAGUGACUUCGACUCACGCCAUUGCGGCGAGAGUUCACUGAUCAACACGGGUGUGAAAGGAAAAAUCGUAAUAUGUGAAGUGGGCGGGGGGACUACUUCCCGCCGGAAAGGACAGGCGGUGAAAGACGCCGGUGGGGCCGGCAUGAUUAUUGUCAACACGAGGCGAUAUGGCUACAGCACAUUAGUAGAUGCUCACGUUCUCCCCGCCACAAAUAUCAACUAUGAGGAUGGAAUCAAAAUAUUGGCUUACUUAAACUCGUCUACUUCUCCAACGGCGUCGAUUGUGUUCAAAGGAACAAUAAUCGGGGACAAUACAUCUCCGAUGGUGGCUUGGUUUUCAUCCAGAGGCCCCAGCACAUCAAGCCCCGGAAUUCUCAAGCCCGAUAUCAUAGGUCCCGGAGUCAACAUUCUAGCGGCCUGGCAUAAUUCGGUCGAAAACAACACAAACACGAAAAGCAACUUCAACGUUAUAUCAGGUACGUCAAUGUCGUGCCCGCAUCUCAGUGGGGUUGCAGCACUGCUCAAAAGCGCGCAUCCUGAUUGGUCGCCAGCAACAAUAAAGUCCGCAAUCAUGACCACAGCUGACCAGACGAAUCUCGGAAACCAACCGAUUCUCGAUCAGAGUCAUCUCGCGGCCGAUGUAUACUCGACCGGUGCGGGACAUGUGAAUCCUGCCAGAGUGAACGAUCCAGGGCUCGUGUAUGAUAUCGAACCUCAAGAUUAUGUGCAUUACCUUUGCGGUUUAAAUUACACGCAUAGAGAAAUUUUCAUCAUUCUACAGCGUAAGGUGAAUUGCUCGGCCGAAUCGAGAAUCUCGGAGGGGCAACUUAACUACCCCUCGUUUUCCGUUAGGUCUAAUGAAUCAGCUGAUCAGACGUACACGAGGACGGUGACUAAUGUUGGGGAGGCUAGUUGGCGUUACAAUGUUGAGGUUGUCGCACCACAAGGCAUCGAUGUUAUUGUCGAGCCCCGGACACUUCAUUUCACUGAACUGAACCGGAAAUUGACGUACAAAAUUACGUUUAGAAGAUCAGCAAAUAAUGGCAACACCUCUGUAUCUCAUGGAUACGUUUUAUGGAAAUCGGGUAAGUAUUCGGUUAGGAGUCCAAUUGCUGUUUCUUAGUCGGAUAUAUAAGGUAAUGUUAGGGCUAAAAUAGUAGUGAUUGUAAUAAUCGAGUUUCUUGGGUUUUGUGCUUGUGUUUGUAUGGAGAGUUUGGAGUUAAAGAUUUGGAAUUCAUAUUA